GCCGCAGCUGGUCGCCGCGCACACAAAAGGCAGGGAUGAGAGGAUAGGAGGCUGUUGGAUAGGCCAGCCUGCGGUGAUUACUCGCCCUAACGAUGUCUAAGAGCCUAAAAAAGAAGAACCACUGGACCAACAAAGUCCACGAAGCAGUGAUAACCAGAGGCAAAGAAGGGGAGCUGGGCUUUGAGCUGAAGGGGGGCGCGGAGAUCGGCCAGUUCCCUUACUUCGGGGAGGUGAAGCAGGGUAAAGCGGCCAUCCAGAGCGGCAAACUGGCCCAGGAUGAGCUGCUGCUGGAGGUCAACGACAUGCCAGUGGCCGGGCUCACCACCCGGGACGUGUUGGCCGUGAUCAAACAUUGCAAAGAUCCGGUGCGCUUCAAAUGUGUCAAGCAAGGGGGCGUGGUUGAUAAAGAUUUGCGGCACUACCUCAACCUGCGCUUCUCCAAGGGCUCAGUGGACCACGACCACCAGCAGAUCAUCAGAGACAACCUCUACCUCCGCACCGUUCCCUGUACCACCAGGCAGCCUAAGGAGGGGGAGGUGCCUGGGGUGGACUACAACUUUGUGAGUGUGGAGCGUUUUAUGGAACUGGAGCAAAGUGGAGCCCUGCUAGAGAGUGGAACCUAUGAAGAUAACUUCUACGGGACACCUAAACCCCCAGCGGAGCCGUCCCCCGCAGCCCCUCCUCUGAAUGUGAGUGAGGCCCUGCUGCCCGGAGCCCGGCCCAGCGCCCAGGGCAAGAGGAAGAGGAACCAGUCAGUCAGCAACAUGGAGCAGCGUGCCAGCCUGGAGCCGCCCGAGGAGGAGGAAGAGGAGAGCCCUGUUGUCAACGGCAACGGAGUGGCCAUCACGCCAGAGUCCAGCGAACAUGAGGACAAGAGCACAGAUGCCUCUGGGGAGGUUACUGUGGAGGCGCCCAGCCAGGCCCCCACCUCCAUCGAGGUCCCCACGGAGGGAGAAGAAGCCCCCAAAUCACCUCCUAAAUCCCCAACCAAAGUCCCGGACACGGACGAGGAGGAGCUCGGCCCCCUGCCCGACAACUGGGAGAUGGCCUACACCGAGAAGGGAGAGGUCUACUUCAUAGAUCACAACACCAAAACGACGUCGUGGCUCGAUCCUCGGCUGGCGAAGAAGGCCAAGCCGCCCGAGGAGUGCAAAGAAGACGAGCUGCCCUAUGGCUGGGAGAAGAUAGAUGACCCCAUCUACGGAAGCUACUACGUCGACCACAUCAAUCGAAGGACCCAGUUUGAGAACCCGGUCCUGGAAGCGAAGAGACGCCUGGAGCAGCAGCAGCAGAUUCAGAGCCCGGGCCUCUCAGCCCUUCCACUGCCGACUAUAUACAGAGAGAAGCCCUUGUUUACGAGGGACCCGACCCAGCUGAAGGGCAGCUUCCUGUCCACGGCCCUGCAGAAGAGCAACAUGGGAUUCGGCUUCACGAUCAUCGGAGGCGACGAGCCGGACGAGUUCCUACAAGUGAAGAGCGUCAUUCCAGAAGGACCCGCCGCUCAGGAUGGGAAGAUGGACACAGGUGAUGUCAUUGUCUAUAUUAAUGACAUCUGCGUGCUUGGCACCACACACGCUGAUGUGGUCAAGCUGUUCCAGUCAGUGCCCAUCGGUCAGAGUGUGACCCUCGUGCUGUGUCGAGGCUACCCUCUGCCCUUUGACCCCGAGGACCCCAGCGGCGCUGCGAGCACCUCCCUGACCCCCAUCGGCCUGGAGCAUCGCCCCCUGGUGGUGAACGGUCGCGGCAGCUACGACCCCUACCUGGAGUACCUGUCCCUCAGCUCCCAGCUGCCUCCUCAGGCUCUUGCCCAGCCCGGAGCUCCUCACCCCGGCGACACGCACCUGGACGGCUCCUCCCUGCCAUCCACCACCCCUGGCUCGGCCCCAGCGCUCACACCGCACGAUGACAAUGUUUCCAUGGCCUCCUCGGGGACUGCAGGGGUGGCAGGGGCAGCGGCACAGGGGGCAGAGCUGCUGACAGUUACUAUGGUGAAAGGGGCGGAGGGAUUUGGGUUCACUAUUGCCGACAGUCCCACCGGGCAGCGGGUCAAACAGGUGCUGGAGCCGAGCUCUCAGGGAAUGUCGGGGGUGAUAGAGGGAGACCUGAUCCUGGAGGUCAACCAGCAGGCGGUGGCUGGAGCGGGACACGGGCGCGUAGUGGAGCUGCUCAAAGAGUGUCCCAUCGGGGCUGAGGCUACGCUCCUCAUACAGAGAGGAGGAACAGGCCACAUCUCUCCAUGGAAGACCUCCAAACAGUUGCCUGAUCAGUGGGACCCCCACGGCAGCCCCCAGACCAGCCUGUCUGCCGCCGUCCUGCCGCCUGGCACGCCCUUCCCCAACCAGCCGCAGCACCGCACCUCCGUCCCCGACUCCACCGAGGGCUUUGACCUCAACAAGCCCGACCCCUACGACCUUUACGAGAAGUCUAGGGCCAUCUACGAGAGCCGACGUCCGGAGUACCAGGAGAUAGAGGUGCACCUGCUGAGGGAGAAGACUGGGUUUGGCUUCCGCAUCCUGGGGGGAGACGAGGCCGUGCAGGCUGUGAGUCCGGACGCCCGUGACAAGAUUGUUAUCGGCGCUAUAAUAGAGAACACCCCUGCUGAGCGUGAUGGGAGGCUUCGACCUGGGGAUGAGCUCAUUUCUGUGGAUAAGAUGGUGGUUGCCGGGAAACCGCACAGAUACGUGAUAGACCUGAUGCAUGCGGCUGCUCGCAAUGGUCAAGUCAGUUUGACUGUGAGGAGGAGAGUGCAAACACCUGGUGAGCCAUGUCCGGUGAACGGCCGCAGCCCUGGCUCAGUUUCCACACAACACAGUUCUCCACGUAGCGAUGUGGCCUCCGCUGCAGGCCCCGUCCCUCCAGCCGCCACUGUCCCCACUGCCACCUCCCCUCCGGAGGGAUCGGCCCUGCAAACCAGUGAUGUGGUCAUUCACCGCAAGGAGAAUGAAGGCUUCGGCUUUGUCAUCAUCAGCUCCCUCAACAGACCGGAGAACGCCACUGUCAUCACUGUUCCCCAUAAAAUCGGCCGCAUAAUCGAGGGCAGCCCAGCGGACCGCUGUGGGAAGUUGAAGGUGGGUGAUCGGAUCCUGGCUGUGAAUGGACAGUCCAUCAUCAGCAUGCCCCACGCAGACAUUGUCAAACUCAUCAAAGAUGCUGGGCUCACAGUCACACUGCACAUCAUACCAGAGGAGGAUCCACAUUCAGGGCCCAGCUCAGAGAAGCAGAGCCCCAUGACCCAGAAACACAGCCCCCAGGCACAGCCCAGCCCUGUAGCCCAGUCUAGCCAAGGAGGCACGCAGCCCAGCCAAACUGGUGCUCAGCCGGGCCAGACGACCACUCAGACAGGACAAGCAGCUGCCCAGCCCAGCCAGACACCAGCCCUGACAAGCCAAACAGCAGCUGCCCAGCCCACACCAGCAGCCUCCCAGCCUGUUCCAGCUGGAACCCAGCAGAGCCCCGUCACCCAGCCUCCUGGCCCCCCACCACCACAGCUCUACCUCCAUGACGGCAGGUCAGAGGUGAAAGCCAGACAGGAUGUUAAACCUGACAUCCGUCAUCCUCCGUUCACUGAUUACCGGCAGCCUCCAGUAGACUACCGUCACCCACCAGUGGCCGAUUACCGGCAGCCCCCAACGCUGGACUACCGACACCCACCUGGUCUGCUGGACUUCAGACAGCACCCUGCAGCCGCACAGUUCCCUCUGGGCCUCCCUGCAGACUUCAGACCACAGGACUUUGACUACUUCACAGUGGAGCUGGAGAAAAGCGUGAAGGGUUUUGGAUUCAGUAUCCGUGGGGGCAGAGAGUAUAAAAUGGACCUAUUUGUGUUGCGCCUUGCUGAGGAUGGUCCGGCCAUUCGUAACGGCAGAAUGAGGGUAGGAGAUCAGAUCAUAGAGAUUAACGGGGACAGCACCCGGGACAUGACUCAUGCCCGUGCCAUUGAACUUAUCAAGGCAGGAGGCAGACGGGUCAGGCUGCUGCUAAAGAGAGGCACGGGACAGGUGCCAGAAUAUGACGGUGCCGCCCCCUGGGAUUCCCUUCCUACAACCCACUCUACCCUGCAGGAAGUGACCCUUGACCCCCAGCCGACUCCAUUGCUUUCAUCCCAUCCAGCCUCAGCCCUAGACUCCCCUCAUCAACUCCCUCUAGAGGCCACAGUGUGCAUGGCAGACCAGGCUCCACAGCAGACAGACCAUAGCUCCAUCAGGGGGGCUACAGGUGGCAGGUCCACCCAGCAGAACUACAUUGUCAGGGGGCAGGGAACCCCUCAGGUGCCUGGAGAGGUGGACGGCGGACCAGGGGAGAGACAGCCUCGGGCUUUGCCUCCCAAAGCUGUCCUGGGGAGGUCGGCUGAAAGAAGAGAGAGGCAGAGGGAAACUUGCUCCCCCUGUUGUGAGAGGAAGGGCCUGCACACACAGGCAAUGAGCACUGUCUGGCCCUGGGACCCUUAUAUCAGUGUGAAUUUGAAUGGAGGUUCUCUAAGCAGUGGGGAUCGUGGAGACGGACGUGUCAACCUCCAGGAGAGGCUGGUGUCCAGAGCUCUGCUCCCCAGAGAAGAGGAGAGGGCUGGCGGCCACAGCGGGCUCUGCUGCCCCACGAAAACCAUGGAAGAUCCUACCACAAGGAGUGCAGCUGCCUCCCCUGGGCCCUGGAACGUCCCUGGGUCCGAUAAACUGCCUGGUACCCUGAGGUCCUGGACCUCCACAGUAAGCAGAUAGACUGGAUCUAGCUGGUUUGGACCAGAUCAGACUGUCUGGCUCAAUAAAGGCUCCCCAUUCAAUUCACCAUCAGAUUUUUGAGAAAUAUAUCUCCCUCACUCUCUCUCUCUCUCUUUGUGUCUUUUCUGCCCUGUUUCUUUCUCCAUCUUCUUCUGAAAUCAUAUUUUGUUUCUUUUGUUCUUGCAAGAUGAUUAUUACACCCGCCACCUUAAAAAAAACAGAGGGACUCUCACGGCUAUUGUAAUAUACAGUAUAAAACAUGAUGGAGACUACUCAGUACCUAGUUAUUUCAGACCCUCAGACGUGACACUUACUGUUCUGAUCACAGAUGGAGUAACAAUGUAUGAUUCUGAGCAGAGUUGUGCUUUCGACAUGUACCUUUAACUACUCAACCAUAUCUGGCUCAGAUUGAAUGGUUAGUGCAACGUAGCCUCAGAUGGGACAAGGCUUCUCGCAGGAGAGAGAUGUACAUUGAAGAGAUUUACUUCUGCUCUAUUUUCUUUCUGCGCAGUGGAGAGAACAAGACUGAAAAUCUGUGUCAGAUAGAGGCACUGACACUGAAAACUCUUCCUGAAACAUGAGCUCCAAGAGGACAUGGCACUAACCCAGGAGACAGCUUGGUUAACAAGACAUAUGUUAGAUCUCACAUGCCUAUCAAUAUAUCAUAUACUGUAAAUGUAAAGAUGUGGAAAAAUAUGUACAUUUGGUAAUCUCAAAAACAUACCCGUUGUUGGUGUCUUUUUGAGGCAGUGUUGUAGUUAGAUACAUUGUAAAGAGAAAAAAAAAGAAACAUCAGGACAGUAUUUUAAGAUCCAUAUUUCCAUGGCCUCGUCUAUAACUACAUAUCAAAGACUGUGGAAGUCACCAAACCCAGACCGCUGAGGGAGGCAGUGGUCUCAUGCAUGGACGUAAACCAUCAUACAGGGGCUCACAUGUCUUUUAGCAGUAGAAUAUAGAGAGGAUAUCCUCUGUGGAGCUGACCAUUUGGUACUCAUGUGACACAAAAAAAAUCCUUUUUCAUCAAAUUAUCGAACUUUUGAGUGACUGAAAACAGUUGGCUUAAUAAGAACUCAUACUCCUGUUCUGUGACUUAUGUACAUAAACUUGACCACAAAUCAAUCAUGCAGUCAUUGUGCAGAAUUAUGGGCUGUGUUGUAUUCAUUUGAUGCUCAGCAGAAAAAUUUUUGUCCAGUCUAUAUUUCCCAUUUCUAUGCCUUUUACUGUGUUAAGUGUACCACAUCACUGUGGGAGAGGGGCAUCGGUGUGGAGAAGAGGAGGCCGAUGGAAAAUGAGGUGGGGCGGAGUGCCUUACUGAAACUAAUGCAGAGCUGUUACCAUUGUGAUUGACUCUUUUUUUUUCCUUUAGUUUGUUUUGGAAAUUGAAUGCAAAACCAAUAUUAGUGGCCACGCACAGCAAUCAAUUUGGUUGUGGAGCCUCCUUCUUUUUGGAUUAAUCCCCAAACUAUAUAUACAAUUAUGAUGCACUCUCAACUGUAUAGCCUGUAUUAAGUGUUAGCCCUUUCCCCCUUGUGUUAUAAAGGGGAUAAAAUGUAGCUUGUAGCAUUACAUUCUCUUCCUAGAGAGUCGUCUGGGGAAGCAGACCUGCAAAAGUUCAUCAAGACAGUGAUAUCAGCAAAGUGGGCUAUGGUUUCUGUUGUGUCAAAUGAGUCUCAUUUCAGUUUUAUUUAUCCAUUCCAGAGAGAAAAUAUACUAAUUCUGCAUUGUUGCACGCAGUGCCAAUGCUUGUUGAAUCUGAACCCAACAUUUUAGAGUAUAUCUAUGGGACUGAAAUGUAACGACACAUCUGUGGGAAUCACAAAGUUUGUCACUGGCAUAGAUAAAGGCAUGCUGCUAUUAAACAAACACCCAACAUUAAGUCACUAUCCUGCAUUUCUCCAUUUUGAUAUCCUCCAUUUCUCUACACGAUGUUUGCUCUCAUCAAAGAUAAAUCAACAGUCUUGCUCCCAGAGCUUUUCAGUACCAGAGGACAAGAUGUGAGGUUUGAGAAAAUAAUCACAAUGAUUUGUGACAAUGUAUUGACUGAACGCAGCAUGAUGGCACCUCCAAGCUGUACUCGCAAACAGGUGCACCUGAUGGAAACCAAGUCACAAAUCCAACUGCGCAUAAAACAUCAUCAGGAGGCCUGAUCUCAACCUGCAGUGACUCCCAAAACGUACAGACUACAAACGUUUUGUCACCAUCGGUAUCAUUGGUCCUGAUUUUUCUGAGCCGACCUGAACACAACAUUGCAUACAACCGUAGUUCAUGUGAUGAAUUUACUGGUGAACUUGUCAACGAGGAGCGUGCGAACGUGCCAUUAGGCUGUAGAAACGUGUUUACUCUAUGUACAAAUGUCGAAGUUCAGAAAAAGGAUAAAGAAUAUGUCAUCCAGCCCUCUGUCUCCAUUGAGGCCGUCCCCCUGCCUGCUGUGAGUGAUUUUGUAUACAAAAAAAAAAAAAUUGCUAUAUUGGAAUCUGUGAAGGAUGGCACGUUCAUGAAUCCCCAUUGAGAUCAAGUAUAACUGUGUAGUGUUAAUUGUGUAUUAUCCACCCUGUACAGCUGUAUUCCUACAAAUAUGGUUUACUGUAUCAUUGAUACUGUAGUUUCAAAGACGUGAACAACUAUUUUUAUGAAAUGCGACAGUACUGAUAUAUUACAUUUUGCUAAAAAACAAAAAACUUGUUUACUGAAAGAUAUUCUGAAAUACUGUCAAAUAAACUCUUGAC